GGAGCAACCCUGCAGAUGAGACUCUCUUGCAGUCCAGCCAUCGAUUUGUUCUCCUUCUUCUUCCCAUGGACGGAUUGUAAAAUCGCGGGUGCCCUUGGGUUGCUUCGGAUUUUCAUUUAUAUGACGUUUGCUGAUGGCAAAACUACCAUGUGCAUUCAAGAAAGGAGAGCAAGCAUCAAAGACUUUUAUGAUGUUCUAUUUCCUUCAAUAUUGCAACUCCAAAGUGGGAUAACGGAUUUGGAAGAGAGGAAACAAAAGGAAAUAUACUCGAAAAGAUAUUCAAGAAAAGAAGGUUUUGACAAGGGAAAACUCUCGGAUGCUGAUGUAGAAAGAGAAAUCGAAUGCGGGAUUUGCAUGGAAACAAAUAGUAGAGUUGUGUUACCCCGAAUUGCAGCCAUUCUUGUGUGCUUGAAGUGCUAUCGAGAUUGGCAUGAGCGAUCCAGAUCAUGCCCAUCUGUAGGGAUAGCCUUAAAGAAGUUAAUGUGGAUGACUUGUGGAUUUGCAUUGAAGCGAAUGAAGUCGUUGAUCUGAGUGUAAUUUCAAAAGAAAAAUAAGAAGAGGUUGUUUGUGUACAUAGAGAAGUUGCCUCUUAUUAUUCCAGCUGCCAUUUGUGAUCCCGAUGAUUCCUAUCUUAGAUAAGGAAUCGGGAAUAGCAUAAAAUUAGGGUUUAUGAUGUACAUAAUCUUACAAAUUUGUAUGUUUUAGAGGUGUAAAUGCUGGUUUCUUUUCCUCUUUCUUGACUAUGGAAUUCUGAC